CAUUGAACACGCAACAAAGAAGCAUCUCAGAAAAUUCAUUGGUCUUCAGCCUCCUUAUUUUCUAUGUAUAUUCUAUGGAGCAUGUAAUUAUUAUGACAGACACAGUGAUACCGACGUAGAAAGAUGUAAGUUCAAAGACAUCUUCUAAGUAGCUGCUGAUCUCUUCUUCAUUCACUUGAAAAGGCCGGUUUCUUUUGAAAGAAGUAAGGCUAAGGCAACGACUCAGGUUGAGAGUGGAAUCUUCUGAAAAAUGAAUACAUACGCAGAUAAGUUUGUUGAGAGUCCGUUGGUGAAUUCAUAUGACACAAAGCCGUGGAGGCACUCUGAUUUAUCUGAAUCCAGCAGCUCGCUUCGUAGUCCAUCUUCCUCAGAUGGCUCUUCCUCUUUCAAACCCUAUAAAGAGGAUUCAGAAAAGGGGAAGAAGAAAAAACAUCAUGUGAAGAAAAAUAACAGCUUUGCAUGCAGGAUUCGGGAGCAUGUGAAAUUGGGGCCCAAGUUCUCAGAAACUGUGAAGGGAAAGUUACAAUUGGGGGCAAAAAUAAUUCAAGAAGGAGGGAGGGAGAACAUAUUCAGACAGAUUUUCGGAAUUAGAGAAGGAGAGAAGAUGUUGAAAGCUUCACAGUGCUACUUAUCCACAACAGCUGGUCCAAUUGCAGGAUUACUCUUUAUAUCUACUGAGAAGGUUGCCUUUUGCAGUCAAAGAUCCAUAACUGUUCCUUCCCCAACUGGCCAGUUCAUAAGAAUACCAUACAAGGUUGUAAUACCGGUAAGCAAGAUUCGAAGGGCCAGCAAAAGUGAGAAUGAGGAGAACACAGCCCAGAAGUACAUAGAAAUAGUUACUGAAGAUAAUUUCGAAUUUUGGUUUAUGGGAUUCUUACGCUAUGAGAAAGCUUUUCAUAAUCUUCAAAAGGCCAUUUCUAUGGCCAGCCGGUUCUAGGAAGCGUUUGGCUGAUCCUUUCAGGGUAGGAAAUUUCCAUCAGGAAGAAUACUGUUGUAUGAAGUUGGUGGGUUGAAAAAGGUCUUGAAGUUACAUGUAUGUCUAAUUUUGUCAGUUUGAAUCUCGUACGUGUAACAUGACACUUUGUUGUGUUAGCAAAUGAAAGUCUGCAUAAAAGAACAUAGCUCCAAAA